GAGGGAGGAAGGGCAAAAGUAUCGGAGGAAGAGGGGUGGGGGCCCAGGCAGGUGUUGUGGAAGUUCACACGUGCCAGGAAGCCCCUCAGCUUCUUUUGUCCAGCGUGGCUGGACGGUCCACCGGUACCGGCUGAUCCCGCGGUUGUUCCAGCGCUAGUGCCUCUCCUCCUCCUCUUCUUUGUUGUCAUCAUCAUCCUGUUUUGGACCACCGGCAUCCCACCCCACCGUCCUGGCGAGCCCGGUAAAGAUGGGCCGGAGGCUGGACCUGUCCGGUCUGACGGACGACGAGGCGGAACACGUGCUGAAAGUCGUCCAACGGGACAUGAAGCUAAGAAAGAAGGAGGAGGAGCGGCUGAGCGAGAUGAAGCAGGAGCUGGCGGAGGAAGGCAGCAGAUGCUCCAUCCUCACCAAGCAGCACCGUUUCAACGAGCACUGCUGCAUCCGCUGCUGCGCGCCCUUCACCUUCCUGCUUAACCCCAAGCGCCUGUGCCUGGACUGCCAGUACAACGUGUGCAAGACCUGCUGCACCUACAACAAGAAGGACAAAGCGUGGCUGUGCGCCGCGUGCCAGAAGGGCAGGAUUUUAAGGACACAGUCCCUGGAAUGGUAUUACAACAAUGUGAAGAGGCGCUUCAAGAGGUUCGGCAGCGCCAAGGUGUUGAAGACUUUGUAUCGGAAGCACAUUAUAGAGAGGGGAGCGCUAUCUGAUCUCGCAGAAAGCAGUGUACACGAAGGAAGUUUCUACAACGACAACGAUGGCAGCGUCUGCGGCAGUGACUCUGUCUUCUACAAACAGAGUGAAGGACACAGUAUGGCUGAGACGCUCACAGUCGCCUUGCGCGUUGCUGAGGAGGCCAUAGAGGAAGCCAUCGCUAAGGCCGAGGAGUUCAGCGACAGUUUGGAGAAACAGAAUGAGGCUCGGUAUCUGCGGGACCACAAAGAAGAGCUCAUAGAGGAACUUGCCACCACCAUUGUACAAAAGAUCAUCCAAAGAAGGAAGCGUUCCGAGAUGCAGACAGAGUAUGACUUUGUCUGGCCUCAGCCUCAGUCCUUGAUUCAGCCCAGUGAUCAGGCCUCAGCUUCGCAACCUCAAACGUUUUUACAAGGACCCGCAGAUCCCCACAAGGCGUCCUUCACCCUCUCUCGCUCACGCUCAGCCUUCUCCCUCACCAGUGACGACUCUCCUGAGAAGGCUCCUCAGGACGAGGCUGUCGGCACGUGCGGCAGCUUGCAGGAGUACUCCUCUCUGAAGAGGGAGGCCAAGACCACGUCCCUGCCCACUUGGAAGAGUGUCGACCGGCUGGACAAUUCCAGUGCGUCCUCGGUCCUCCAGAGUCCAGACGGCAACUGGAUCGCCCUCCACAGCUCUCAGCUGUCUCGUCCCAGCCUGCUGACCAAGAGGAAGAGCCUGGUCUUCAGCGUCUUGGAGAAGGAGUCGGGCGUGGUCUCGGCCUACGACGAGAUGGGAUCUGACUCGGAGGAGGACGAGGAAAGCAGCUGGGGCGCGGCGUUGCAACAGUUCCGACGCAAGCUGUCCGACGAGACGUACUACACGGACUCGCAGCAUGACCCCGAGUGGACGUACACGCAGCACCUGCCUGUGACCUCGCCGUCUUCUGGCCAGUACACAAACACGGAGACCCUCAAUUCCGACUCGGAGGCGUCGUCGGCGUUGUCCACGUGUCCUCGGAAAGUGCCUCAAAACUUGCUGAGGAAGAAAGGAGCAUCCGAAACACACCUGCACCCCUACCACCAACCCCUCUACCACCAACACCUUCACCAGAACCUCUCUCCUUAUCCGCUCCUCUCAGGGGCAUUGGACGUGAACUUUAACCCAAAGGUGAUGGGGGACAGCAGUGAGGCGGAUGAAAGGCAGAACGACCCAGUUAGAAGGUCACGGCGGCGCAGGAAAAGCAAGAGGGAUUCAUCAAACGAGAGCAGGUCCGGGAGCCAGAACUACUCACUGUCCAUUCAGGAGAGCAGUGGUUUUCUUCUCAAUGACUUACUGAAGAGGAGCUUAAGUGAGGACCAGCCAGAAUCUGUUAGCACUGUGGCCCAGGACACCAUCACACCCGAGCCCCAAGAUUUGGACAAAGUUGCACCGAAUUCAUUAUACCCGACUAGCCCUCUUUCACCCAAACACAUCAGCUCGGGACCGGCGUCUGUCCCUGCUGAACCCCUGGGAGAAGAACUCCGGUCCAGAAUCAGCCAGAUGGUCAGGAGUCGCACCAACAGCAGAGAGAGCAGCUCGUCUGAGGAAGAGAAGAAGUGGGCAGCUCACAAACAGACGGAUAAAGAAAGUGUCAGACCGAGGGCCAACCAGAAGCCUAAAGAAACGGAAAGGGAAAAGUCCAGGUCCGGUGUCAGAUUAAGAGCAAACGAACCCGUCUUGCAAGUGAACGGACAAGAGAUUGCGAGGCAGGCUGUAAAGAGUCCGCCUCUGAGCGGGGAAGUGAAGGAGAGGAGAUCAGAGAAGAGUUCCGAGGAGGUGGUGGAUGACCGGGAGCAGAAGAGAGGAGAGCGGAGGAACAGACAAAACAGAAGGUCGCACCGACGAGACGCGACCAAGGAGGUGGCGGAAUGUAGGAGUGGCUCCAGUGCGGCCAGCUCGCCUGCAGUUACGCCAUCUUCCCAGGAGGGGGUGCUGUCUGACAACCAGGAGCAACACAAUGACACGGAGCAACAGCAGAGGCUCCAGUUGCUCUCCUCUCUCUUACAGCAGAAGUACUCGGCGGCCUCUCUCUGCAGCAUCACUACAGAAGUGUUGAAGGUUUUGAACGCCACCGAGGAGCUGAUUGGCGAGGCGGGAGGGGAAGUCUGCACGCCGUCGGAGUCGCAGAGCGCCUCUAGCAGCUCUGAGAGCAGAAGACUGGACCAAAGGCUGACCAAGAUGGAGGAGAAUGUGUACCUGGCUGCUGGGGCUGUGUAUGGCCUAGAGGGGGCGCUGGGGGACUUGGAGCAGUAUGCACGCAGUAUCAGCAGUGGGACCUCAGACACAGAGCUGGCUUUCCUAGAGGACCAGGUGGCCACUGCUGCUGCUCAGGUCCAACAGUCAGAACUGCAGAUAUCCAACAUUGAGGCCAGGAUAUCAGCUCUUAAAACCGCUGGCUUGAAUGUGACUGUCUGCAAUCACCUCUCCAAAUUCAAUCCAAAAACAAAGCCACAAACUCUGGACUCGUCGCGCCAUCAGAGACGGAAGUUGCCAGCCCCGCCACUGAAAGAUAAGAUGGAGCCAGAGCAGCCCGUGGAAGUCUUUCGGCCAUAGAGAGCACCAGGAGCAGCAGCACAAAGUCCCUCAGGCCCACCACACCACGGCCCUAUGGACAGCUCUCUCAUCCAGUGCCUUGACCCAGCGUCCGCCUCCGACUCCACACCAAACAGGAGCCUCCAUCUGCCCUGUUGCGGCCCACGAAGCACUCAGCCCCUUCACGCCAAGCAUCCGCCCGGCCCCUCGACCUACGACCUCCUCAUCCACUGACAUCACACGUACAGCAAAGAUGAGUGGACAGUCUGCCUUAAAACAUCCAUUUCUACUGUGAUUAAUGAAGGCGUGGACUCUACUUCACCAUGCUCGUGUACUGUUAAGCCAACAUCCUCUCAUGAAUGAUUGUCCAUUUGCACAGCCAGCGGUAUUCCCAUUCAGAGAGAUGAUUGUCAUUUUAAGCACCCUUUUUUUUCUACCCCUGCACUUUUGGUUUAUUACAGACGACUGGGCACUUAGACAGUUGCCAGUAAUGGGGGUGUGACAUAAAACAUGCUUAAGAACAUCAUAAAAUGAAGCCAACGUAUUGGAAAAAGGUUUAGUCAUUUUUGGGGGAACCUUUUUGCACUGUUGUUGGACUUCAUAUGGCACAGCAGCUGGUUAGCUUAGCAUUAAACAAGCAAAAUGAUCAUUAUAGAUUCCUAACAAUAGCCAGUGAUCAUACAAAAGCUGAAUAUUUAACCAUCCAUGCAUUAAUCUUUUUGUGCUGAGAGCACGUUCACCAUAAUAUGGUUACAUAUAAUAAUUGAAUACGUCUCAGAAGUAAUGUAUUGGAAGUGUGUUGGCCAAAAUCUAGCUUUAAUGUUGGAAUUUGGACCAUUUAAAAGGUGCUGGGAACAUGUUAAUGCUAAGGAGCCGUGUUCGUCUACACCUGUCUCCAAGACAUAGUAACUCGGGGUGUCCCGAUCCAAUAUUAAUAUCAAAUAUCGGUCUGAUAUCAGCAAAAAAACAAGUAUCGGAUGAUAUCGGCUUAAAUUUCAGAUAUAAACUCCGAUACAAGCAGUCCUACAGUGUGUUUACUUGUGCAUGUCGAAAUGUCCUCUGAUAAGCACAUCACACGUUUGGUAUUUUUGUGUGUGUUUUAGUCAUUUACAAAAGACAAACAUGUUAAGCAAUAGUGAAGUGAAUGAAGUGAAUUAUAUUUAUAUAGCGCUUUUCUCUAGUGAUUCAAAGCGCUUUACAUAGUGAAAACCCAAUAUCUAAGUUACAUUUAAACCAGUGUGGGUGGCACUGGGAGCAGGUGGGUAAAGUGUCUUGCCCAAGGACACAACGGCAGUGACUAGGAUGGCGGAAGCGGGGAUCGAACCUGCAACCCUCAGGUUGAUAGCACGGCCGCUCUACCAACCGAGCUAUACCGCCCCAGGCUACCAUAGAGCUAGCAGCUACACAGAUACACAAAUAAGUGUCCUUCAUUGUGUUAAACAGUCUAAAACAGCACAUUGAUCAAUAUAAGCAAGUAUCAAAUAAUCACAGUUGCAUAUUAGAAAGUAUCCAGUCACAAAUGUGUCCGCAUUAUUCCAUUUGUCGGUUCAGAAGCUUCACAUUAUGAAUUAUUGUGGCCACCGGGUGUCGGCAAAAAACAAUCACCACUCCCCUUCAACUUAAAGACAGCCUAAGUCUGUCAUAAGUAGGGAUGGGUAUCGACUUCUGCACUUUUAUAGGCACAGACUGAUUUCCGUCUGUACUACCGGGUAUUGAUUCAUGUAAAAUCAAAUGGUGCCAUGUUACAAUACCUUUGUUGCAUGUAACGUUACAUCCGCUUUCAGACUAAACGUGUAAACAAUCACUCAAGCAGCACGAAGGGCAGACUCAGCCAAACUCCCUCGAAAUAAUGUUGCAAUUUUCAACACCGACAAAGCAAGUAUGCUUGGUAGAAAAUGCUCGGAUGUAAAGUAAGGCUUCACUCUUUCAAAAUGCAAUAGCUUGAUGCUAAUUUACAUUGGAUUUGCCUUAGAGAGGCUACUAUUAGCAUUAGCAAUUUUACAUGGCGAUUUCAACAGCUCCAAAAUUGGUAAAGUAAACUACAACUAAGAUAUUGUUGCAAUGAAACAGCUGGUGUGUAAGAAGCACAAUACAGUAUAAACACUUUGUAGGGUGCAACAUAACACAUGAUGCACCCUUUUCCUGGAAAAAGUUAUUUCCUAGUUAGACAAUAUACCAUACAUUACCUAUACAGUACUGUUGUCUAAAGUCUUGGAAGUGUAAUUGUAUUGCAAGUAGAGAUGUCCGAUAAUAUCGGCCUAUUAUCGGCCGAUAAAUGCGUUAAAAUGUAAUAUCGGAAAUUAUCGGUAUCGGUUUUUUCAUUAUCGGUAUCGGUUUUUUUUUGUUUUUGUUUUUUUGUUUUUUUAUUAAAUCAACAUAAAAAACACAAGAUACACUUACAAUUAGUGCACCAACCCAAAAAACCUCCCUCCCCCAUUUACACUCAUUCACACUCAUUCACACAAAAGGGUUGUAUCUUUCUGUUAUUAAUAUUCUGGUUCCUACAUUAUAUAUCAAUAUAUAUCAAUACA